AUGAGGCGUGACGGUCUAUCCGUCCUGAUUCCCGAGGACGAACUGCGGGCCGGCGUCGCCACGCUGGCCCGCGAAAUUGAUCGCGAUUACGCCACUACCGGGGUGGUGAUCGUGUGCGUUCUCAAGGGUGCGGCGAUUUUUACGGCUGACCUAUUGAGGGUGUUGCGCGCCGAGGUGCAUCGGGUCGAAUUCGUGCGGGCGAGCAGCUACGGCAGCGGGACGGAGUCAUCGGGCGACGUGAGGCUUGCGGGCACGCUGGACCCCGGCCAUGUUUCGGGCCAGCACGUGCUGAUAGUGGACGACAUCGCGGACACCGGAUAUACCUGCCUGGCCGUCAAGGACUACAUUCGCAGCCUGGGCCCGGCUUCAUUACGGUACUGCACGUUGCUGGACAAACCGGAGCGCCGUGAGGUGGACGUCCAGUACGAGUACGUUGGGUUCACAAUACCCAACCGCUUUGUGGUCGGUUACGGGAUGGACUUCGACGAACGAUACCGCGGGCUCCCGGCGAUUUACUAUUUUCCGUAG